AUGGCCAAAACAUACUUGUUAUCCCGAACGCUCGAUCCAAUCUUAGGUGUUUUCACUGGAUUAUUGGCGUUCCACCUCAACGAGACGAAUCCAAGAUCAGCACCUGCAGAAGGACAUACACUCAGUGAACUGAUCUCAUGGAAAUGGAACGAAAACUCCAAAUUGAGAUCGGUCAGAGAUCAGGAUGAGGAAAAAGAAUGGGAGAGGGUAACUAGGGAAUUCGUUGGCGCAUCUGAUAAUGACAAAAAGUAG